CUUGCUGCUUCCUCCUCUAAGGGGCGCCGUAAUUCCCGGAUCUUUUGGUCCGUGCGGCCGCCGUAACCGGCUUCCGGCAAAAUGGCGGCGCCCAGCACGUGGCGGAAGAAUACGGCCACCGCCAUCAACAGCCCCUUGUUGCCGGCAUGGCGAAGCCCAAGCCUAACCCGCGGAGCUUGCCGGAGCUGCGGGAGAUGCUUCUGCGGCAGGAAAGGCUGCUGGGCGACCGGGCGGUGGUCUCCCGGUUGCCUGACGGCGGCAAACGCGUGCGCGAAUGCGCGGCAGGGCUGCGGGCGGCGGUGGCGGAGCACGAGCGGCGGAGCGGCGGCGCCCCGGAGGCGGCUCUCCCGGCGGGCCUGGCCGGGGCGCUGGCCGGCCUGUCUCUGGGAGCGGCAGGGGGGGGCCGGCGGGGGGCCGGCGCGCGGCCCGGCGGAGCCUCACGGAGGGAGAAGCGGCGCCCGGAGGACGCGUCGGCCGCCCGGCUGCCCCCCCUGCGCCACGCGCCCGCGCGGCUGCUGUCCCUGGCCGAGUCGGUGGCCAUCCAGGUCCAGCAGGAGGAGGCCCGGCAGGAGAUGCAAGCUAAGGUUGCUGCCCAAAAGCUAGCUGAAAGGCUUGGGAUUAAGACGGUUCCCUAUGAGCCAGAAGGACAGAUGAUGACCGGCUACAGAGAAGUCAGGGAUGAAGAGGGAGACAGCUCAGCUGAGGACUGAUUCCAAAGAGAACUGGCUGGCAGAUGAGAAACAGGCCUUGCUGAAGAAGUUCUCAUGCUCAGAGCCCAUCUGGAGUGUGUUUUGCCUGGGGGCAGCAUCAGUGUUGCCUAAAGCUGCGUAAUGUUGGGCAGCCUGGCUGUGGUUUGUGCUUGGCACAGCUCUGGAACCUGCAAGUCGCUCAUCACAAGGAGUUAGGAGUGGAGAGCAAUGCCUGACCAAACAGCUUUCCAGGUGCUGGGAUUGAAGAUCAGCUAUGCAGGAGUGGGCAGAAAUUUUGUAGCUGCCUUGGAGUCUUCUCUGGUGAGGGUUGCUCCAAAACAAACACAGUGCAAGGCUGCAAUAUUUUUUUAUUAGAGUUGUUUCUACAUUCUUUUUAAUUUACAUUAAAAUUUGGGGCCUUGUGCACUGUAUGGAUCACCUUCAUAUCUCCAGGAGGAGGAAAAAAGACUGUCCUGCAUUAGGGUGGUUGUCUCUACUGCCGGGUGCAGGGAACGCUAUGGCCCUCCUGCCCUCCCCGAAUGGCCCUGAAGCACUAGGUGGCCCCUGAUAUGGGUGCUGAAAUUCCACAAGCCAGAUGGGGAGACUGGUUUAAGAGAUCCUAUGGGAGAGUUUGGUGUGAAAAGGCCGCAGCUGUCCAGGCGUUCAUUCCAGAGGGGUUUCUGUUGCUUUCGUAACAUUAGGGGAAGCUGCUCUGGGCUGCUGUUGCUGGGUGGGCAUUUUGCUGGUUCUGCUUUCCCAAAGAGGAGUUUCAGAUACAACUUUUGCCCUAUUAGCAUUUCAAUGAGUGACUGGGGCACUUAAAGAAAUCUUGUUUGAUCAUGAGUGGAGCUUGGGUGACCCUAAUAAAAUCUUAAGUGCAACAUAGUUCAACCCACACGAAUGUCUUCCAGACGAGAGUGCAGGUGUAGCGAGAUUGGGGGGGGGGCUGGGGGCUCCUCUGUCCCUGUCCUUUGUUAUCAACCUGAAGAGAGAACAAUUACAGUCCUUUUGUAGAAUUUUGCUUCUUUCUUACAACAAUUGAUCCUGCCUCUCUCAUUUACUCUGUCUUUCUGGUUACUUUUCUUUCCUUCCCACUGACAGGUUUGAUGUACUGGUACUCCAGAUAGGGCAGGGGACUGGGGCUUUUCCACUGAGUUUUCUUGGGGUUUUCCAAAUACAGCCACCCUUCUCUUUGAAAGUGAACACGUGCACGUUACCACGACAGUAGCUCUUCUCUCCGACACACACAUACAAGCAUAUAGACAAGUAUUUUGUUCCAGUUGUGCUGUUCCCUGUUGUUCCUGUACAAUAUUUUUCAAACUUGACUUUAAGAUGUGUGGACUUCCCAGUCCACACAUUUUAACGUUGCCAGGUUUACAAAACACUACUCCAGAGGCCUUCCUUAGCUCUGCAUCUACUUCUCUGGGGGAGAUUGGCCUGUCCAUUUCUUAAUAGUCCUGAGCUACCACCAAUCUUUGUUUUAUAACAGAUUGUUGAUAAAUGCAUCUUUGGAUUAUUUUGUUUUGCCUUUUUUUAUAUAAAGGAAGAAUAAGUUCAUUUAAACUCAAGUGCUGGGGUUUAUUAAUUCCUAAUUAAAUUGUGAAAAAU